AUGGCAAUACUCAGUGAAAAUAGAAGACGAUCCAUUAGCGGAGCAUCAGCACUACUAACUAGACGAUUUACACGGCAAGCAACAACAAACAAUAGUAAACCAGAUAUAGUAAGGAGAAGAGCCACUAUUGCCAUAAAACCACCCAAAGUCCAUGUACGAAUUGUACCUAGUAUAGACAACCCUGGUCGAAGUUUAAUAUUUGAUAUUGUCGAUCGAGACUUGGAAUAUGGAACAAUAAUCAAGAUUGGGAGAUACUCUGAGAGGAAUCCCAACAAUUCGGAUUGCAUGUCAUUCAAGAGUAAAGUCGUCUCCAGAUGUCACUGUGAAAUUUUUGUUGAACAAGAUGGGAAGUUAUAUAUUCGUGAUACAAAAUCAUCUUCCGGCACUUUUUUGAACCAUAUUCGUCUCAGUCCUGCAGGCCAAGAGAGUCAAUCGGUUGAGAUACAUGAUGGCGAUCUUGUGCAGCUUGGUGUUGAUUAUCAAGGAGGAAGAGAAGAAAUAUAUCGAUCUGUCAGGAUGAAGUUUGAGAUCAACCAUCGCCAUAGACCGAGGCCGGUCUCUUUUAGCUUAACUGCUUUUCAAAAUCUCCGGUCACUCACCACUUCAUCGUCAACCGACUUGGACGAAUGCUGCAUCUGUCUGUACUCACUUGCCCCCUUUCAAGCUCUUUUUGUCGCACCUUGCUCACAUACUUUUCAUUUCAAGUGUAUUCGCCCCUUAUUUCAAAGUUACCCUGGCUUUCAAUGCCCCAUGUGCAGAACAUAUUCUGACCUCGAGGCAAGUGUGGAUCAUCAGGUCAUUGAAGAAAAUGAUGGUCAUGACACGAUGUAUCAUCAGAACAAUGACAACAACGACGAGUUCAAUUUACAAUCUUCUCCUAUUUUCAUACAAUCAGAUGACGUCGUUCCUCUUGAAAGUAACAACAUCAAUCGCAUCUCGACUGCUGUCAUGGAUUCACCAUCACACCAAGACAACACCACAGAUGGUCCUUCAUUGGAGCCAAUAGCAAGAGAAAGAAAAACGAGUUAUAUCAUGGACAAGAUAAAGACAACACAGAAGAGAAAGGCCAAUGUCGUUUCCAAAUCUUGGAGGACCUUCUAA